AAGAUCUACGACCUGAUUUGUUCAGAUUAUUUCGAUGAAUAAGCUAAUAAAACCUUAACUUAAUGUAUCACUUGGCUGUCACUGUGGCCGCAGAGAGCAGCAAGGCCUCCCUCUGUCUUCUUCAUGUGAUCCUGAUCUGUCACAGUGGCUGACAAGGGGAGCUGACUGCAAACUGCUGCACUUCUUGGGAUUAUUAUUCACUUGAUAACAUGUCUCUGUACCGAAAUUCUAUCUGGUUUAUGAAUGGACUCCAGCAAUACACAAGGAAGGGAUAUGAGACAGCAUCUAAAGUCUUUGAGCCCCAAGACCUCAAUGUGUCGAUUGUGGGAAGGUCUUUUAUGAUCACAGGAGCCAACAGUGGGAUCGGCAAGGCAACAGCCAUAGCUGUAGCCAAGAAAGGUGGGACAGUCCACAUGGUGUGUAGGAACAGAGAUAGAGCAGAAGAGGCCAAGGUGGACAUUGUUAGUGAGUCAGGGAACACGGAGGUAUACAUCCAUAUUGUGGAUAUGUCAGAGACACGCAAAGUAUGGGAGUUUGCAGAGGCCUUUAAGGAGCAGUAUCAAUCCUUAAAUGUGUUGAUAAACAAUGCAGGGUGUAUGGUGAACAACAGAGAGAUGAAUGCUGAGGGCCUGGAGAUGAACUUUGCCACCAACACAAUGGGGAUGUUGAUCCUUACCCAGAGUCUUAUACCACUUCUACGAAAGAGCCGGGAUCCAAGAGUGAUCACUGUGUCCUCUGGAGGCAUGCUGGUCCAGAAACUCAGAGUCGAUGACCUGCAGUCAGAGAAGGGCUACUUUGAUGGCGUCAUGGUCUACGCCCAGAACAAGAGACAGCAGGUGGUGCUGACACAACAGUGGGCCGAAGCUUUUCCAGUCAUCCACUUCUCUGCGAUGCACCCUGGCUGGGUAGAUACUCCAGCUGUUUCUGCAUCAAUGCCUCAGUUCCACCAGAUGAUGGGGGAGAGGCUGCGCAGUGUGGAGCAGGGAGCUGACACUGUGCUGUGGCUGGCCGUGUCUAAAGCUGCUGCAAGGACACUCAGUGGGCAGUUCUUUCAAGAUCGUGCUCCUGUUCCUGCCCACCUGCCUCUGGCCUGGACUCACAGUUCUGCUGAAGAGAUCCAGAGCUUCAUGACUCAGCUGGAGACUUUGGCCAGAGCCCUUCUACCUGAUGUAGAGCAUGAGUCCUUCCAGACAUCCAUCUGUAUAAAACCUGUUACUGAUCAAUUCAAACAUCAAGAUUAAUUUCUGAAAGCCAUAUAUUCAGUACAGUGCAACGCUCUGUCACCGGAUUUAUGUUAUGUCAACAUGUGGUAGAUGGACUGCGUGCCUCGCAAAUAUCACUAACUAUUAGAAGUUGAUUUUGAUUGAAUAUCUCAAUAGCAUGAGCAUAUCUAAUUUGUACUUGUGGCUAGCACAUAGAAAAGCGUAACACUGUUUGUACCGUGGGUGCAUCAGAUACUCUUCUUUCCCUUUGUGCUGCCACAUAUGAAGUAAAGAUAUUUGAAGUGUUACUUAAAGUGGGAAAAUAAAGUCCAGUUAAUUGUU